AUGAAUCCAUCCACUGCCACUUCCGAUAGGAUUACUACUCAUAGUAGCAGUGAUUGUGGUGGCUCCAAUGUUUCAAAGAUUCAUCCACAAACGGCGGUUCUUGUUUCAACAAGUAGUACCACCUAUCAUAGGGAGGGCCACACAAUUUUCAAGAAGGACGUUUUCAACAACAGUUCUUUUGGAGAGGCCACUUGUGGUUGUUUUGGUUGUCAUACUGAACAUUCACCAAUCGAUCGGAAAGAAGAAAAUGAAAAGCAACUAUCAUCAUUACCAAUUUCAGAACAAGUAACAAGACACAUUUCAACUCAUUCAACAACAACAACUGCAACCACUCAUUCAACAACAUUAAUCACAGCUCCACCAAUGACCGAAAAAGGAAAGGAAUUUUGUUUGAUGUUAAUCGAUCGAUUAUUGGAAGAAUCUGAUUUAAAAAUUAAAUCAUUACAUUCUAAAGGUGGUGUUGGACAUUUAAAUGAAGAUGCAUCUUGUCAAUCUAAUAUUAAAUUUAAAUCAUUACAUUCUAAAGGUGGUGAAGAUGCAUCCUGUCAAUCUAAUAUUCAGGAUCCUCUUAACAAUAUUUCUCGGUGCUGCUGUUGUUGUGACAACAAGGAAUCAAUAUCGAAUCAAUGGAUGUCAACCAUUACAAGAGAACAUUGGCCUCAAUACAUCACAAUUUGUGGAAUUGGAAGUUUAAUGUCAGAAAAAUCAGCAAAACGAACAUUUCCAGAAUUACACAAUUUUCGAAAAGUGAUUGUUAAGGGCCAUCUUCGAACCUUUAAUCUAGUUGCCAUUUCGAGUUUACCUUUUGGAGAUUUGGAAAAGAGAAAAGUGGCCUCCGUGGCUGCAGCUUCAUACGAUGAAGUGGAUGACAAAGUUUGUCAGAAAAUCAUUGAAAGACAACAAAAGCAUUAUGAGAAAAUUGGAAAUUUGAAAAAACGACAACAAAUUCAACGAGCGCAAGACAUUGAAAUGUAUUGCACUGCAUUUGAAGUUCCACUCUCUGAGGAGAUUUGGUAUGCAUUCAUGACCAGAGAACAUCGAUAUCGACUGAAAUUUGUGACACUCGAUCAAGAAUUUAAGAAUAACACGUUUGUGACAAGUUGUUACUGUGCAAGGGGUACCUGUGGCAUUUUCACCGAUAAAGACCAUUCAUGUGGGUGCUGCAAUUGUUCUGUGACCUUUCAAAAUCAACUCGUAUCUUGUGGAUGCAAAGCAUUGAUGUGCUGUCAAUACAAUGAUGAUCUUUACAAAACUGAGAGAUGUGUGACCUAUGAAAAUGAAUAUCACGAAAGAGUGGCUCGUCAUUAUAGUGGAAGAAUAUGGUACCAUACCAAGGACGUGUAUUUGGAACGACAAGAAUGCACUACUACUUGCCCAACUAUAAUCAAUGAAACUUCUGUCACAAGUCACUCCAAACCAAACAUGGAAAUUCCAAUCAAACCCAUCUCAAAAUACCUUGAUUUAUGUCUCAAUGCGGCAUUAGAAUUAGGACCAGACGUGUUACAAAAUUUCAUGUAUACCAGUAUUCUCGCGGAUGGUCAAACAUUGAUGGAAGAUUAUGUGAAAACUGAAGAACCAGAACUUUACGAAAAGUAUUCAAAAUAUUAUUAUUAUAUGUAA